CCUGCCGGGCGCCAGCAACGCGACUUCCCUGCAAAGUCCUCUGAGUAAGGACAGACGUGUGCUUGGCACUGGCAGACAGCAUGAUGGUUCUGCACAAAAUUCUUCCUGCCUGAGGCUCCGAGCUCCCAGGUUCGAUUCCCAACACCACCAUCAACCAGAACUGAGCAGUCCUUUACUUUGUCCCACUUCCCCAAAGCAGAUCGAGAUUCCCCGCCCCUCCCCUCGGAAUGCGCAGAGGCGCGGGCGCCCGGGCGGCGCGCAUCGGCCGGGGUGGGGCGCUGGAGGCCCUGGGUUCGCACCGCCACGCAGCCGCAGACUCGUUCCCGCGGGCGGGCGGCUGGAAGGGAGGCGACGCCCCCUGGCGCUGCAGGAACCCGGCGGGGCCCGCCUCCCCGCCCGCCGGCCUCAGAAGUGAUGAAAGCCGCGGCUGAGUCCAGGUCACGCCGAAAGCCGUUGCCCUUUUAAGGGGGAGCCUUGAAACGGCGCCCGGGUUCCAUGUUUGCAUCCGCCUCGCGGGGAGGAAACUCCAUGUUGUAACAAAGUUUCCUCCGCGCCCCCUCCCUCCCCCUCCCCCUUAGAACCUGGCUCCCCUCCCCUCCGAAGCUCACGGGGAUCCCUCCCUCACACCCCUCCCCUCCCCCCCGCGCCCCGAUUCCGGCCCGAGCCGGGGGGGAGGCCGGGCGCCCGGGUCAGAGUCCGGCCGGAGCGGAGCGCGCCCGGCCCCAUGGACAGCGCGGCCGUCAUUACUCAGAUCAGCAAGGAGGAGGCGCGGGGCCCGCUGCGGGGCAAAGGUGACCACAAGUCCGCUUCUCAGAAGCCCCGGGGCCGGGGAAUCCUCCACUCGCUCUUCUGCUGCGUCUGCCGGGAUGACGGGGAGCCUGUGCCCAGCCACGGAGGGGCGCCCCUGCUUGUGGAAGAAAACGGCGCGGUACCCAAGCAGAGCUCAACUCAGUACCUGCUCCCUGAGGCCAAAGCCCAGGAUUCGGACAAGAUCUGCGUGGUCAUCGACCUGGACGAGACCCUGGUGCACAGCUCCUUCAAGCCAGUGAACAACGCCGACUUCAUCAUCCCUGUGGAGAUUGAUGGGGUGGUGCACCAGGUCUACGUGCUCAAGCGCCCCCACGUGGAUGAGUUUCUGCAGCGCAUGGGCGAGCUCUUCGAGUGUGUGCUGUUCACUGCCAGCCUGGCCAAGGGGCCGGGGCGUUCAGCCUCUUGGGCUUUUAAGUCACCUGCCUAUUCCCCCCCCCACCACCAGUAUGCAGACCCAGUGGCUGACCUGCUGGACAAGUGGGGGGCCUUCCGGGCGCGGCUGUUUCGUGAGUCGUGUGUCUUCCACCGUGGAAACUAUGUGAAGGACCUGAGCCGGCUGGGCAGGGACCUGCGGCGGGUGCUCAUCCUUGACAACUCGCCCGCCUCCUAUGUCUUCCAUCCCGAUAACGCCGUGAGUGCCGCUGUGGGGGGGGGGUGUUCCAGACCCCAGGAUCUGGUGCCCGCUUCCCCUGCCUGCUGUGGAGCAGGUGCCGGUGGCCUCCUGGUUUGACAACAUGAGUGACACAGAGCUGCAUGACCUCCUGCCCUUCUUCGAGCAGCUCAGCCGUGUGGACGACGUGUACUCAGUGCUCAGGCAGCCUCGGCCGGGCAGCUAGUGAGGUGCCUGCCCGGGGCCAGGACCUGCCCCCACAAACCAAUGCUCACCCCUCACUCUGAGGACUCUGCCUUAAGAACGCCCAGCCAGAUGGCCUGGAGGAAGCAGGCAUCUCCCCACCAGCUGGGCUGCACUCCGGGUCCCUGUUUCAGUGCCUUAGAAUCCCCUUCUUCUGGGGGACCCUGUGGGGCUCCAGCUGCCUCCAGCUCCCGUGUGCUCUCUUCUCCUCGCUCUCUGUGCUGCCACGUUUCUCUGCUGCCAAAUUGGGCUCCUGCCUAGGGAGGGAUGGGGCUCCUGCUGCCCCGUGCCUGGGCCCCCAGCCUGGGGACACGAACACCAAGUGCCUUUUGCCUGAAUGCCCCUGCCGGUGGGGGCAGGUACAGCCACUCAGCAUCUCGGAGGAAUUGGGCUGACCUUGGGGUCCCCAGAGCACAGCCUUUUGGGACUCAGCACCAGUGAGGGCUGCCCACCAAGUCUCCUUGAUGGCUCCCAGGCCCUGGGGCACAGGCUGAACCCCUGUGGUGCCAUAUAAAUAUGUAUAUGUGUAUAUAGACUUCUAGGGGAGGGGGCAAAGGAAGAGUCAGGCGAGACACCCCUGCCUCCAGCACCCCUCCUUGGCCCAUAAAUUGAGGGGAGCGUGGAAGGAUUUUUACAGUUUUUAAACAGCUUUUUUUAUUUUUUCUGAAUGAAACAGGCUGGGCCAAGGGGUCUCCAGGCCCUGUCCUUGUUCCCUUGUUCUCUGCUCCAUCCAUUCAUUCAAAAAACAUGAAUUGAGCACCUUCUCCACCCAGGACCUGUUGGCUCAGCAGCUGGCUUAAGGGGGCUGACUACACCCCACCCCCACCCACUCCCCAUACUUAACUGGUGCCUUAAGGGGGAUGUGUAGGAGGCGGGACCCUUCUCCUGGGGCUUGGGGGUUGUCUCCAGGGAACGUGGGGAAGCUGUCCCCCUCCCCUGUGCCAAUUCACCCCCCCCCCCGCGGCCCCCUAUCUUGUCCUCUGCUGGCUGGGGGCAGUCUCGCAGGCGCCCUGACUUCCAGCUCUGAGUGGGACCUGGAGCCUCCCCCACCCCCUACCCCAAUGCUGAGUCUGGAGGUCAAGGCCUUGGGCUCUCCUCAGGGCCCCACGGUUAAGGGGACCCAUGCACUAGUGCCAAGGAAGGUUUUUAAGUGGACUGGUACUCCCCCCCCAACACCAAGACGGUGCGUGUGGAGGGGGUGGUGCAGUUGUGAACCAGGUGACCUCAUCCAAGUGCCUUCUCUGUGACCAAGUGCCACAGAACUAAAGAGGAAGCCACACCCCC